AUGGCAACGGCGAGCACCUCAGGGCUCAGCAGGAAAAAGAAGAACCCCUGUCUCAUGGAUCAGAUUACCAAGUUCUUUGGAGGAGACAAAAAGAAAAGGAGCAAGGGUUCGUUCCGGGGUCACCUGUCCACCUCACCCCAGCAAUCCUCCGCUCGCCGCCGGACCAAUGAAAAUGCUGUGGUGCAUUUCUUCAGGAGCUUUGUGUCCUCUCCUCGUCCCAAAUCCCGGUGGAGAGACGCCCUGGGCUUGGCCUCGUCGCCGCGUGCCGAGAGUGCAAAGUCGCCGGUCAGGAGACGCAAAGACCAAAGCACACUGUCCAGGAUCUUCAACCUGGGUGAAACCAAGUCCCGUGCACCCCCAAAACGCUGGAGCACCAUCUUCUAA